CGCCAUUGGCCACGCCCCCCAGGACUUGACCACGCCCCAGGAGCACGGCGCCUGCUCCGUCGCUCCCCCGGCUCCGGCCAGAAUCGGCACAAACCAUUUCCACUUAUCGAACUGGGUGGGGAAGCCGAAGAGAAUGUCUUCCGCGGAAAGAGUGGACGUUGUCCUUCCCUUCCCUGAGGGAUGUCCUUAGACUCCAUCUGCUGUGUGAGUGUGAGCUGGCACCGAUGCCGACCGUGCUUCCAGACCUCUCUCCUGCCGCGGAGACUUUGACUGGAACCCCCCCCAGCGCCGCGUUGGUGCCUUCCGGCCCGGUCACGUGGGCGAGAAGAUGGCGGCCCCCAGAGCGUGCCGCGAGCGUCGGGGUUGGUGAAACGCUGGUGGCCGCUGUGGGCGCGGGUGGGAUCGGCGGCCUCGUCUUCCCGGAGCUCGUUUGGGCGUUUCGGCUGCAGGUUCUUGUGCCCGGGAGGCCCUGGUUUCAGCGCAGGUGAGGCUGUGGAAGGCCUGGGCCCGUGGGCAGGAGGCAGCCGGCGGCGCCAUGGUGACAGAGCAGGAGGUGGAGGCAAUUGGGCAGACGCUGGUGGACCCCCAGCAGCCCCUGCAGGCCCGCUUCCGGGCGCUCUUCACCCUCCGCGGGCUCGGUGGUCCCGGAGCCAUCACCUGGAUCAGCCGGGCCUUUGGCGACGACUCUGCCCUGCUCAAGCACGAGCUGGCCUACUGCCUGGGCCAGAUGCAGGACUCCCGGGCCAUCCCUGUGCUGUUGGACGUGCUCCGUGACACCCACCAGGAGCCCAUGGUGCGCCACGAGGCGGGCGAGGCCCUGGGGGCCAUCGGGAACCCAGACGUUCUGGAGGUCCUGAAGCAGUACUCCACCGACCCCGUCAUCGAGGGCGACCGCUUGGCCAGGAUCCUGGGAGAGCGGGCAGCAGCCAGGGUGGUCCCAGGCCACGGCCCCAUUCGGUAA